CUUUUUAAUGUUAGAUAACUCUAAAAUAGUUUUAUAACUAAUCAUGGCCUUUAAGAGUUCAGUGAUCACAUUCAUGUGUAAGAUUUGUUGCAGGACUAAAUAUAAUCCGUGGAGGGAGCUUCUUUUGUUAGCUGGUUUUCUAUUUCCCCGUUUUAAUGUACAUUUUGAGGUCCUUUGUGACAAAAAAAUCUUUUGAAGAGAAAUCUAUAGAGCAAGUGUACAAACCUGAAGAUGAGGUCAAAAUUCUCAAUAUUUUAAAUACUUUUACAGAGGAACAGCUGAGGCAGGAAAAACAUUUAAUUUAUCCAUUAGUUGAUCAAAUUGUUGAGUAUCGAAGUAAAAUUGGCCCUUUUACAACUCUAACUGAUCUAAAAAAAGUCAAAGGUGUUGGACCACAUAGGUUCAAGGAAAUCUGUGAAAAGUUCCUGUCUGAUACUGUCCAAGCUUCUCAGAAAAAAAACACAGGUACUAAAGCCAGGACUGAAAAGCCUGUUGAGAGCUAUUUUAGCCCAGUGAUUAAACCAGAAAUAUUGAAGACUAUUUCUUCAGUGACAAGUGUGACUGUGUGUUUGGAUGCUAUUUAUUUUACAACAAUGGAUAGAGAUCUUAAUGUUUCUAAUUGGAGUCAUGUGAUGUUAACUGGAUCUGAUUUGCAACAGCAGACUGCUCCAAAGAUUCUUGAGCAGGCUCUGGCUGUUGUGGAAGCACUUCCCAGCUCCAAUUUUUACCUUUUUGAGACACGGUUUUCGAGAAGGUUUUCUUUGAGUCACAUAGACGUAUUUAUGUUUGUAGCUCAGCUUCAGAUGGCACUGGUAACACUGCUGAACAAAGAAUUUAAAGAAACUCUGCAGCAUAACGUUUAUUAUGUCAGUGACGUUUUCACAAGAAAAGCUUUUGGCCUUAAUGUGGGUGGCGAACAAGUCAGUGGCAGGCACAUUCUUAAACUUAUAGAGGACAAUCAGUAUACUGAUGUGGUGUCUGUACCACCAGAGUUGUGGAGAAAUUAUUAUAACAUGGAAACUUCUUUAUAUAAAGAGAGAUAUUGCAGUUGUUUGCUUGUUGCUCUUGGUUUUUUUCAACAUUUCUUCAGCAAAAGCAUUUACAAGAAUAGCAGUCCUCCAGCUUAGCUUAAAGCACAGUGUAUUUACCAAUAUGUCUGUGAAAUAAUAUGUCUGGUGUAAUGUGCAAAUUGUGAGACAAAUUUCCUUACGGACAAUAAAGAUUAUUAUUAUUAUUAAAAUGUGUACAAUAAAAAUAUAUCUUAAGAA